AUGGCGCCUCCCAACAAUGCCCCGUCGCACACGAAACCGUCCGCGAACCGUAACGUGAAACACGUCGUGCUAGGUGACCUCCUUUUUCAGACCUGGUACCAGUCCAUUUACCCAGAAGACCUUGUGAGCAAGGAUACGGAUCGAUUAUACGUCUGUCGCUGGUGUUUCCGGUACUCGUGCGACGCAGACGCCUAUGCCAAACAUACACGGGUUUGCGAAAAUCGAACGACACCCCCGGGGACAAAGGUCUACGAUCAUGGCGGGUACGCGGUAUGGGAGGUAGACGGAGAGGACUAUAAAUUAUUUGCGCAGAAUCUCUCCCUGUUCGCGAAGCUAUUCCUCGAUCAUAAGUCGGUUUUUUUCGAUGUCGCGUCCUUCCUCUACUACCUCCUCACAUCCACGGACCCCGACGAUCCGGAGAAUUAUUAUAUCCUGGGGUUCUUCUCGAAAGAGAAGCUCUCAUGGGAUGCGAACAACCUUGCUUGCAUUUUGAUCUUCCCUCCAUAUCAGCAUAAACAGCUGGGCAAGCUGUUGAUGGGUGUGAGCUAUAAACUGAGUGAUUGGGAAAAGGACGGAGGCUUGAUAGGUGGACCGGAAAAACCACUUAGUGAGAUGGGACGAAGGAGCUACAGUCGAUUCUGGGAGGAGCGAAUUGCUCGAUAUUUACUAUUACAUGGCUCUGAUCCAGCAGACACGGAGGAUUCGUCACAGCAGAAGCCAAAGCCGCCCAAAAGCUCUCGGAAAAAGCACCCCCAAGAAGUCAUGACAGUUCAGGAUAUAGGAUUGGCCACAGGGAUGUUAACAGAAGACGUCAUUACAGCUCUCAAAGGCAUGGGAGUUGUUGAACCCACAACACCGACGAAAAAACAGAUGAGGGCUUUCUCGGACGAUGGGCACCACGCGCAACACCUGAAACCAGCGAUUCAGGAAGUGGUGAGGGUGAUGAAUAAAUGUAUAAAAUUAAUUUCGGCGAAGCCAGAUCUGGCCACCUAUGAAUGA